CCGGGCUGGGACCGUGGGGUGGGCGGCCCCGAGAGCGUCCCGCAGUGGCCGGAGCCCUGGGCGCUGCAAAGCGUGUCCCGCCGGGUCCCCGAGCGUCCCGCGCCCUCGCCCCGCCAUGCUCCUGCUGCUGGGGCUGUGCCUGGGGCUGUCCCAGUGUGUGGGGUCGCAGGAAGAGGCGCAGAGCUGGGGCCACUCUUCGGAGCAAGAUGGACUCAGGGUCCCGAGGCAAGUUAGACUGUUGCAGAGGCUGAAAACCAAACCUUUGAUGACAGAAUUCUCAGUGAAGUCUACCAUCAUUUCCCGUUAUGCCUUCACUACGGUUUCCUGCAGAAUGCUGAACAGAGCUUCUGAGGACCAGGACGUUGAGUUCCAGAUGCAGAUUCCGGCUGCAGCUUUCAUCACCAACUUCACUAUGCUUAUUGGAGAGAAGGUGUAUCAGGGAGAAAUUACAGAGAGAGAAAAGAAGAGUGGUGAUAGGGUAAAAGAGAAAAGGAAUAAAACCACAGAAGAAAAUGGAGAGAAGGGGACUGAAAUAUUCAGAGCUUCUGCAGUGAUUCCCAGCAAGGACAAAGCCGCCUUCUUCCUGAGUUAUGAGGAGCUUCUGCAGAGGCGCCUGGGCAAGUACGAGCACAGCAUCAGCGUGCGGCCCCAGCAGCUGUCCGGGAGGCUGAGCGUGGACGUGAAUAUCCUAGAAAGCGCGGGCAUCGCAUCCCUGGAGGUGCUGCCGCUUCGCAACAGCAGGCAGAGGGGCAGCGGGCGCGGGGAAGAUGAUUCUGGGCCUCCCCCAUCUACUGUCAUCAAUCAAAAUGAAACAUUUGCCAACAUCAUUUUUAAACCUACUGUAGUACAACAAGCCAGGAUUGCCCAGAAUGGAAUUUUGGGAGACUUUAUCAUUAGAUAUGAUGUCAAUAGAGAACAGAGCAUUGGGGACAUCCAGGUUCUAAAUGGCUAUUUUGUGCACUACUUUGCUCCUAAAGACCUUCCUCCUUUACCCAAGAAUGUGGUAUUCGUGCUUGACAGCAGUGCUUCCAUGGUGGGAACCAAACUCCGGCAGACCAAGGAUGCCCUCUUCACGAUUCUCCAUGACCUCCGACCCCAGGACCAUUUCAGUAUCAUUGGGUUUUCCAACCGGAUCAAAGUAUGGAAGGACCACUUGAUAUCAGUCACUCCAGACAGCAUCAGGGAUGGCAAAGUGUACAUUCACCAUAUGUCGCCCACUGGAGGCACAGACAUCAACGGGGCCUUGCAGAGGGCCAUCAGGCUCCUCAACAAGUACGUGGCCCACAGUGGCAUUGGAGACCGGAGCGUGUCCCUCAUUGUCUUCCUGACGGAUGGGAAGCCCACGGUCGGGGAGACGCACACCCUCAAGAUCCUCAACAACACCCGAGAGGCCGCCCGAGGCCAAGUCUGCAUCUUCACCAUUGGCAUCGGCAACGACGUGGACUUCAGGCUGCUGGAGAAACUGUCGCUGGAGAACUGUGGCCUCACACGGCGCGUGCACGAGGAGGAGGACGCAGGCUCGCAGCUCAUCGGGUUCUACGAUGAAAUCAGAACCCCGCUCCUCUCUGACAUCCGCAUCGAUUAUCCCCCCAGCUCAGUGGUGCAGGCCACCAAGACCCUGUUCCCCAACUACUUCAACGGCUCAGAGAUCAUCAUCGCGGGGAAGCUGGUGGACAGGAAGCUGGAUCACCUGCAUGUGGAGGUCACCGCCAGCAACAGUAAGAAAUUCGUCAUCCUGAAGACGGAUGUGCCUGUGGGGCCUCAGAAGGCAGGGAAAGAUGUCACAGGAAGCCCCAGGCCUGGAGGCAAUGGAGAGAGGGACCCCAACCACAUCGAGCGUCUCUGGAGCUACCUCACCACAAAGGAACUACUGAGCUCCUGGCUGCAAAGUGACGAUGAGCCGGAGAAGGAGCGGCUGCGGCAGCGGGCCCAGGCCCUGGCCGUGAGCUACCGCUUCCUCACUCCCUUCACCUCCAUGAAGCUGAGGGGGCCAGUCCCGCGCACGGACGGCCUGGAGGAGGCCCACGGCAUGUCGGCUGCCAUGGGACCCGAACCGGUGGUACAGAGUGUGCGAGGAGCUGGCACGCAGCCAGGACCUUUGCUCGAGAAGCCAUACCAGCCAAGAAUUAAAAUCUCUAAAACAUCAGUGGAUGGUGAUCCCCACUUUGUUGUGGAUUUCCCCCUGAGCAAACUCACCGUGUGCUUCAACAUUGAUGGGCAGCCUGGGGACAUCCUCAGGCUGGUCUCUGAUCACAUGGACUCUGGUGUGACAGUGAACGGAGAGUUAAUUGGGGCACCCGCCCCUCCAAACGGUCACAAGAAACAGCGCACUUACUUCCGCACUAUCACCAUCCUUAUCAACAAGCCAGAGAGAUCUUAUCUCGAGAUCACACCGAGCAGAGUCAUCUUGGAUGGUGGGGACAGGCUGGUGCUCCCCUGCAACCAGAGUGUGGUGGUGGGGAGCCGGGGGCUGGAGGUAUCCGUGUCUGCCAACGCCAAUGUCACCGUCACCAUCCAGGGCUCCAUAGCCUUUGUCAUCCUCAUCCACCUCUACAAAAAGCCGGCACCCUUCCAGCGACACCACCUGGGUUUCUACAUUGCCAACAGCGAAGGCCUUUCCAGCAACUGCCACGGAUUGCUAGGUCAGUUCCUGAACCAGGAUGCCACACUCACAGAAGACCCUGCAGGGCCCAGCCAGAACCUCACUCACUCUCUGCUCCUUCAGGUGGGAGAGGGGCCUGAGGCCGUCCUAACAGUGAAAGGCCGCCAAGUCCCAGUGGUCUGGAAGCAAAGGAAGAUUUACAACGGGGAAGAGCAGAUAGACUGCUGGUUUGCCAGGAACAACGCCGCCAAACUGAUUGACGGGGAGUACAAGGAUUACCUGGCAUCCCAUCCAUUUGACACAGGGAUGACACUUGGCCGGGGAAUGUCCAGGGAGCUCUGAAGCUGGCAGCAUUAAUGAUGCAAGUGCAUGAAGGAGAGUGAUGUGGGGAGGCCGUGGGGCAGCUCUUUUCAUGGCUUGUACAUGCCUCAGCUCCUGGCAAUUAGCUGGACUCCAUGACCCACCCCUGGUGCAGCGUAGAUCCGACGUCUGUCUGGGCGAAGGGUAGGGGUGGGUAGGGGCGGGAAGCCUGAGUGCAAAUGUCAUUUCCCUCUACUGCCUCUUCCUGCCUCUACCCACCCUGCCGACAUCCACGGAGGGGACAAGGGUCACAGCUAAAUGCAACAAAGUCUGUAUCUUGUCCCAACCUGCUUUUCUGUUCUGUUAGCAUAUCAUAAAGUAAGCCUUUCUGGUGAAGGAAGGUUGCUACGAAACUUUUUCUUGGUAGAAAUGGCCAAGUUUAGGCACUCUGCUUUUUGCCUUACACUAAUGCUUAGAAAGCUGUCUUUUCAGUGGUGUUGUAGCCCCCAGAUGUGUGGCCAACCUCUGCUGCAAAGGAAUCUCUCACUGAGUCCAGGCCACCAGUCAGGCAAAUAGCCCAUACAUUUGAUCGUUGUAAACUAUGAAGUCUUUUAUUGCAAGAGGUUUUUCUUCUGCUGUGGUAUCUUGCCCUUAAAAAUUAGUUUUCAUUAAAAAGAAAUUUGAUUGAAAAUAGAAACAUCUACAGCUCAGAUACUGAUCUCUUUCUAAUGGGCUUUGUAAACCACUUCACUUUGCUAAUGGCUAUUCUCCAGUUUGUUCCAAUAAGCUAAGGGCAUUUCAUGCACAGGACAACUCCAUGUGGUGAUUUUACCGGCAUGUCUUGGUGACAAAGAAUCGGCCAAGUGAAUGAUGCAUCUUUUACUUGGAGCUCUCCAGCCUUUGUCAUAGUUCCCAGACCUUUUUUCCUUGUGGUCCUCCAGGAGGUGAUCAAUUACAUGUGCACAGUGCUAGGAUGGGAGGCAGAGCCGGCUCAGAGCAGGUCCACCAGCCCACCUAUAGCAGGAAGCGUGUCGGUGCUUAGAAAAUCUAGGACUUCCAGCUUCCCUCAUGUCAGAUAGAAAAAAAGUUAGGAAACCAGCUCGUGAACAGGGGCUUUGGUUCCAAAACUUGGACAAACCUGAUGCCUUAAGGAAAAGGUUAAGAUCAGAGGGGGCUUCCAGAGUCAAUGAACGUCACCCUUCAGCAGACGGAUACUGGGAGCGCUUGGGCGAAACAGCAGAGAAAGAAAGGCUGUGGUCAGGGAAGUGGAAUGUUUCGAUGCAGGCCAGAGUUCAAGGCUCUGGGGCUGGCCUCACAAGAGGCUUCUUCCAUGGGGCUUGACACCAGAGCAGCCCCUGCGUGAAAUGAGAAGGCAUGCUUAGCACUGGGAGGGAAACCUGAGUUAAGAAAAUUGUUUAUCAUGUUUGCCUUCCCUGGGGAAACAUUCAGGCAGUAAAAUGACAUCCACAUGUUCCUGUCGGAUGCAGCGGCUUCGGGAACAAGUUAGUGCUGAGGGACUAUCCGGGCUCUUCUCUCUCUGCUUUGUGAACCCACCACACCGGGGCCUGUCUGCCGUGCUAUUUAUUUGCCUUCCGUCUUCCCAACCUCAGCUGCCUGUAUUCAUGCCAGAGGUGCAAAGGCUGCCAGCCAGUGCUGCUGACAGAUGCUUUCAGACUGUAGAGCUCAGAGAAAGGGAGCGGGAGCUAGAGGUAGCCAGGGGGCUGGCCAGGCUCCCCGGGGCCUUCCUGUUAUGUAAAUCCCAGCUGGACAGACAGCCCUGGAGCCAGGUGGCCUUGUCCCCUGUGGAGCACUUGGAGCAGUGAUCUGUUGUUCCAGGUGUAAGUCUCGACACUGCAGAAACAAGGACGUUAUUAGGAAAGACCAGUUCCUACUGCCUGUGCUGCUACUUUAAGCGUGGAGAAAAACAUUCCAAUGAGAUACCUAUAGCUAUCUUGCUUGCUCAGAAAAAAAUAAAAAGUAACAAAGUUGAGCUUUUAUUUUUAAAAAUUAUAUUUUACUUUAGAAAAAUAUCACCUUUUUUCUUCCUCUUUGUUACGUGUAGAUCUUUUUUUUUUCCCAAAUGGGGUCAGUACCUGAAAGCCCGAAACCCCAUACCAAGGUUAUAGUUAGGACCUCUGCAUUUGAUUUUUUAAAAAAAAGUAUUUUCUGUUGUCCAGAAAAUCUUCCCAGAUAGGGAAACUGAGGCAGAGAGUGCCGUGGAGUGGUUUUUGCCAAGUCAUACAACAUACUUAACACAGGGCUACACUGAACCUCCAGAAUCGUUUUGUUUGCUUUGACCCUGUUUCACCAUCUGGGCAAUCAUUUAUUUUCCUUGAGCAUUUAUAAACCAGGGUGAGGGUUGUUCCUAAAUGAGUAAUUGAAUGAGAUGAAGAAAUAUGUCAUAAUUAGAGGAGAUAAAUCUCCUUAUUACCACAAUAGUUAAUGUGUCAUAAUCACUGACUAACUGGGACCUUGAACAAGUCAGCAUCUCUGCCUUUCAAAAUGAAGGAACAUUGUUCUCUGUCCUUCCCUGACCCCCCCACAGCCCCAUGCUAGGUGCACCAUCUUCCUCCAUUUGAUGUUUUAAUGCUUUACAACUUCAUGCUAAAGGGAGGGGAUGUUGGGAGGAGAAACCAUCACAAGAUUCCCUCGGUGCUGCAGCUGUGUUGAGGAGGCCAGGGACUGGGAAUUGGAGUGAGCACCUCUGUGUUUCUCUAGGGAGUAACAUUCAACAUUUAAUUGAAUCAUGUAUCCUGAUAGGUGGAUUAGGAACAGGAUUCAUUCCUUUAACUUUAAAUUUUGGCUAAACGACAUGCCUUGGAUUGAGUGUAUAUGUCUUCCCCAAAUUCGUAUGUUGAAGCUUAAAUCCUGUAUGUGAUGGUUCUUGGAAUUGGGACCUUUGGAAGGUUAUUAGGUCUUGAGGGCAGAGCCCUCACGAAUGGGAUUAAGGCCCUUAAAGAAGAGACAUGGGGCCAGGUGCAGUGGCUCACACCUGUAAUCCCAACAUUUUCGGAGGCCGAGGCAGGCGGAUCAUGAGGUCAGGAGAUGGAGACCAUCCCAGCCAACAUGGUGAAACCCUGUCUCUACUAAAAAUACAAAAAUUAGCUGGGCAUGGUGGUGCGUGCCUGUAGUCCCAGCUACUUGGGAGGCUGAGGCAGGAGAAUCGCUUGAACCAGGGAGUCAGAGGUUGCAGUGAGCCAAGAUCACGCCACUGCACUCCAGCCUGAGUGACAGAGCAAAACUCCGUCAGGAAAAAAAAAAGAGAGACAUGGGAGAGAUGGUGUUUUUCCUCUCCACCAUGUGGGGAUACGAUGAGAGGAUGGCCACCUGCAAGCCAGGAAGGUGGCCCUCACCAGACACCAUGUCUGCUGGCGCCUUGAUCUUGGACUUCCCAGCCUCCAGAACUGUGAGAAAUAAAUGUUUUUUGUUUAAGCUA